GGCUGGAGAGCAAGUCUGUCAAUCCCAGGCGAGAGAAAAGGCAGACAAAGGUUCAUUUGUAAAGAACCUCCUUCCAGCACCUCCUCUCUUCUCCUUCUGCCCAAACUCACCCAGUGAGUUGGAGCAUUUUAAAAGAGUCCUCUGCCAAGAAGACCAAAAGGAAAGAAGAAGAGGGGCCAGACACAAAAUGAAAUUCACAGUACUUGCUCUCACCGUUGGGCUAACUUUGUUGCUGGAAGUCCAAACCAUGCCUGCAAAUCGCCUCUCUUGCUACAGAAAGGUAAUUAAAGAGAACAAGUGCCACAGCCUUCCAGAAGGAGAUGACCUGACAAAGAUCGAAGUAAAAGCCCAGGAUGUCUCAGAAGAACAGGAUUGUGAGAUGGUCUGUUACUGCAACUUCAGCGAAUUGCUAUGCUGCCCAAGGGAUGCCUUCUUUGGACCAAAGAUCUCUUUUGUGAUUCCUUGCAAGAGGCACUGAGAAUCUUCAUGUAUUCUGCAGAGCACCAUUGCUGAUUUCCCAGAAACCACACUAUGUCAAGUAUAACUGCAUUUCUAGUUUCUAUCCAGUGCAAUAAAGCACAGAUUCUACAAAUUCUUACUUUUCUAAGACAAGUAAACUUGUGUUAAAUAAGUAGUAAUAAAAAUUACUUCAA